AUGAUAGUGAGGAAGAGAUCCAUCAACGGGAUGCCCGUGGGGAAGGGAAAGGCAAAUGAAAAGAAACUUCAAAACAUUACAAUUAAAAAUUAUGAAAUUAAUAACAGUAAUACCUAUUCUAGUAAUGAUGAUACUGGGAAAAAUGAUACCAGUAGUAAUCAUACAAAUAGUAAUGACAAAAAAAGGACCUUCUUCGACUAUUAUGGAUGCAUAUACCCGUUCAAUAUGCCCAUAAGUCUGUAUAAAUAUCCGCCCAUUUUUGGAUACUGUAGUUUAAGCGAUUUUCAAGAAAUAGGGGCGAAACGACUAGCCUUGUUACAGUUUUUAGAUACAUGUACAAUUAGUGAAGAUGAAAGGGAUCAAUAUAGUAACGGUUUAAAAAAAUUGGAAAAAAAUUAUUCAGCGAAUAAUUAUAUGGAAAAUAAAAGCAAACAAAUAAGACAAAAAAUAUAUGAAUAUAAAUUUGGUAUACAAUCAAUGAAAAAUUAUAAUAAGGAAGAAAUGGAAAAUAUUAUAAUGACAGAUUUGUUAUCUCAUUAUAUAUUAAGGAUUGCAUUUUCAAAAGAUAAAGAAAAACAACAAUGGUUUUUGAAACAGGAAUUAAAAUUAUUCACCUUCCGAUUAAAUGAGUUAAAAUAUAUUAAUGUUUUGAAUGCACAAAAUAUUAGUGAAAGCGAAAGAGGAUUAAUUCAUUUAUUAAAAAGAGAAAAUUUAAAUUAUGAAUUUAUAUCUAAACCUACUGUAUCAUAUGGUAAUAAGAACGAAGAAUGGGAUAAGUAUACAGAUUUUAUUCCAAAUAAAGAUACUAUAGAAAAAUUAUUUAAAGUGCCAUUUUACCCAGAUGCUUAUUUUUUAGUAAAAGAUCAUAAAGUAUGUGUGGAGAAAGCAGUAGCAUAUGUGCCUGAUAUUUAUUUAGAUGCUAUCUUAAUUACACAGUUUAAAAUAAAUAUUAAAGAAUCAUUUAAAUAUUUAGAACAAAAUGAAAAAAUGCUUUUAAAUGUCCAUAAUGAUAGUAGAAUAUCUUCGUUCCUAGCAGCUUUACCAAAAGCAUAUGUUGCCAAAGAUUUUAGACAAAAUUAUGAACAUACAGAAGAAACAAGAUUAAUGCCUCAAAACUUGUAUAAUGUAUAUAAACAAUCAUUUCCUCCUUGUAUGCGUAGAAUUUUUGUUAAUUAUUUAAAAGAAAAACAUUUAAAACAUUGGGGAAGACAACAAUUAUGGUUGUUUUUAAAAGGAGCAGGUAUGACGUUAGAAGAAAAUAUUCAUACCAAUAGAUCUAUAUGGUUACAAUCAGAUAAAUUUGAUAAAGAACAUAGAUAUACCAUACGGUACAUGUAUGGAAAAGAAGGGAAGAAAACUGAUUUUAGUCCGUACAAUUGUUCAAAAAUAAUAAAUAACUUUCCUGUACCUUCAAGUGGUGAUACACAUGGUUGUCCUUUUAAAAAUUUUGAUGAAGCGCAUUUAAAAAAACUACUUUUCUUUUUUGGGCUCUCAGAUGAUCAAAUUAAAUCAAUCAUGCCAUUUAAAAAAAAUAAUGAGUAUCAGUUAGCUUGCGUGAAAUUUUUUAUGGAAACACAUCCCGGAUCCACUGGGGACGGAGUUGGAAACCACCCGAAUUCGUACUACAUCGAAAGUAGAAAAUAUUACAAAUCAAAGGCAGCCAAUUCGGAAAAAGAGCCAAAUUAG